GUUGACAUACGUUGAGUUUCCAACUAAGUUUACCUGGAAACAAAAAACCAAGGAGUGGGUGCCAAGGAAAAGGGGCUUUUCAAUUGGUCGCGUGUUUUUUGUACGUCCCGGAGCAGGAGAAAAGUUCUAUUUGAGAACGUUACUGAAUGUUGUUAAGGGUGCUACAUCCUUUGAAGAGUUGCGCACUUAUAAUGGGACAUUAUUUCCCAGCUUUAGGGAUGCUUGCUAUGCCCGUGGAUUGCUAAAAGAUGAUAAGGAAUAUAUUGAUGGGAUCACUGAGGCAAGUCAUUGGGCAUCAGCAUAUGCACUGCGUAAUUUGUUUGUUACUCUUCUGCUGUCAGAUGUGUUGUCAAAGCCACAAUUGGUAUGGGAGAAGUGCUGGCAAUACUUUUCAGAGGAUAUACUCUAUAACAUUAGAAGGAAUCUCAGUGACCCUGAGUAUCAGUUGAGCACAGAUGAAGUGAAAAAGUAUUGCUUGGUCGAGAUUGAGAAGCUGUUGAGGAAAAGGUGCAGAUCACUACGAGAUUUUGUGGGAAUUCCAAUGCCACCUGAAU